AUGGCAGGUCGUCGGUGGGCAGUGACGUCAGCGCUGUGUGUGUGCGUGGCGGCCGUCUCUCUGCUGCACGCUGGCGGGGUGCGGGCAGACUGCUGGCUGAUCGAGGGCGACAAGGGCUUCGUUUGGCUGGCUAUAUGCAGCCAGAAUCAGCCCCCCUAUGAGUCCAUCCCUCAGCAAAUCAACAGCACCAUUGUGGAUUUGCGACUGAACGACAACAAGAUCAAAAGCGUGCAGUACUCUUCACUCAGCCGCUUCGGUAACCUGACAUACCUCAACUUGACGAAGAACGAAAUCUCCUACAUCGAGGAUGGUGCCUUCUCAGGACAGUUUAACCUCCAGGUGCUGCAGCUUGGCUACAACCGCCUGAGGAACCUGACCGAGGGAAUCCUCCGGGGCCUAGGAAAGCUGGAGUACCUCUACCUCCAGGCUAACCUCAUUGAGGCAGUCACCCCCAAUGCCUUCUGGGAGUGCCCCAACAUAGUGAACAUUGACUUGUCCAUGAACAGGAUCCAGAGACUGGACAGCAACACCUUUAGGGGCCUGAACAAACUCUCAGUCUGUGAACUCUACAGCAACCCCUUCUAUUGCUCCUGUGAACUCCUAGGCUUCCUGCAAUGGCUGGAAGGCUUCACCAACAUGACGCGCACCUAUGACCGCAUGCAGUGCGACUCCCCGCCAGACUACACUGGCUACUUCUUGCUAGGCCAAGGCCGGACCGGUUACCGCAAUGCUCUGGGCAUGCUCUCCACCCUCUGCACUGGCAGCUCCUACACCAUGAUACCUCGCUUUAUCCCACCCAGGUACCAAGUGACCACAGCUCCGUCAGAAAGCCCAUGCUCUGAUGAAGAGUGUUUCUCCGGGGAUGGCACGACACCCCAGGUCUCCCUCCACACGCCCAUGGGUGAGACGGAGAUGCGCCCCAACAUCCGGGUGAAGCAUCUCACCCACAACUCGGCCACGCUGACGGUGCAGAUCCCGUACCCGUUCAGCAAGAUGUACAUCCUGGCGCAGUACGAGAAUGGCUUCUCUUCCAUCGUCACCAAGCUGAAGAAACAGAAGGAGGACAUUGAGCUGACUAACCUUGUAGCACAAAGAGACUACACCUACUGUGUGGUCUCCCUCCACCACGUCUUAAGGUACAACCACACUUGCCUCACCCUCUCCCCAAACAAAAUGAGCAGAGAGGACCCAGUGCCCACUCCCUCCACUGCCACCCACUAUAUCAUGACCAUCCUGGGCUGCCUGUUCGGCAUGGUAAUUGUUCUGGGGGUGGUGUACUAUUGCCUCCGUAAGAGGCGUCAGCAGGAGGAGAAGCACAAGAAGGCAGCUGGCAGCAUGAAGAAGACCAUCAUCGAGCUAAAGUAUGGGCCAGAGAUAGAAACAACCAGUAUCACCCAGCUGUCCCAGGGGCAGAUGCUGGGUGUGGAGACAGUGACCCGCAUCCCCUACUUGCCCUCUGCUGGGGAAGUCGAGCAGUACAAGUUGAUAGACAGCAGUGAGACCCCCAAGGCCACCAAGGGCAACUACAUGGAAGUGCGGACAGGAGAGCAGCCCGAGCGACGAGAGUGUGAGCUGUCCAUGCCGCCUGACAGCCAGAGCUCCGUGGCUGAGAUCUCCACCAUCACGAAGGAGGUGGACAAGGUGAACCAGAUUAUCAACAACUGCAUUGAUGCCUUGAAAUCAGAGUCCACCUCCUUCCAGGGGGUGAAAUCGGGGGCGAUUUCCACCGCUGAGCCUCAGCUGGUACUCUUAUCGGAACAGAUCUCUGGCAAACAUGGCUUCCUGUCGCCUGUGUACAAGGAAAGUUACAGCCACCCGCUGCAGAGACAUCACAGCAUGGAGGCACCUCCCAAACGCUCCAGCACUUCUUCCAGCGGCUCCAUACGGAGCCCCAGAUCCUUCCGCUCUGAGGGCUCCGGCCACAAGUCAGAAGCCAAGUACAUUGAGAAGACAUCCCCAACCGCAGACACCAUCCUCACUGUGACACCGGCGGCGGCCAUUCUGCGAGCAGAGGCAGAGAAGAUCCGACAGUACAGCGAACAUCGGCACUCUUACCCGGGCUCACACCAGGGGGAGCAGCACGACAGCAUGGGCGGGCGUAAGCCCUCCAUUCUGGAACCUUUGACCAGACCCCGCCCCAGAGACCUGGCCUACUCUCAGCUCUCUCCCCAGUAUCACAACCUGAGCUACAGCUCCAGCCCAGAGUACACAUGCAAACCAUCGCACAGCAUCUGGGAGCGCUUCAAACUCAACCGGAAGCGGCACAAAGACGAGGAGGAAUAUAUGGCGGCCGGCCACGCCCUGCGCAAAAAGGUCCAGUUUGCCAAAGAUGAGGAUCUUCACGACAUCCUAGACUACUGGAAAGGUGUGUCUGCCCAGCACAAGUCCUGA